CAAACGCAGGCAGUGGCAAAUCGCUUUUUGUUAUCAAACAUUUUUCUUGUGAAUUUCAAUAGUUUUAUCAGCGCAACAGUGUUUAUUGUUUGCUGUGUAUCCACCAAAGGGUGCCGUUUUUCUGUUUGCUGACGGAUUGUGUAGAUAAGAGUUGGCAAACAAACAACCAUAACUAGAGUGUACUUUCUUCCACCCCCUUUCGGAUGGAUUAUUAGUGUCUGUUUCUUUUGUUUUGUCCGAAGAAUCAUUCGGUAAUAAUAUUAUGAUGGUUUGAGUGCACUUUCAGUGGCUACGUGAGUCAGUUUCGGUUGUUUCGGAAUUGUGAAAAUUGAACAGAGAGUACUGUUGUGUAGUGUGGAUAAUGCCACCAGAAAAGGAUAUCAUCAUCAAAGCCUGGGAGAAGCUGGACGAUGACGUCAUCAUCAAAGAUGUUGCCACCAAGGGUAAACACGUCAAUCUUUGCGUAGCCUAUCUGGCGGAGAGGAACGAACUGUCCCACAAUGAGGCGAAGAAUUACUUCCUGCAGAAGGUUAACGCGUACGUCUAUCGGUUGCUCUCGAAUCGUCAGCUCUUCAAGGCGGAACAUAUCCUGACCAACAUUGAUCGCGUUCCCAAGUAUGUGCUCUACCAAAUCGCCGCGGAAACCAGUGACCAUAGUUUGAGGGACUUUAUUCGGGAACAUUUGGGCAAAACAAUCGAAAACUACAGCGGUGGUGGUGAAGAAGACGGCGAGGGACGGCUGAUUGAGGCCAACUGGAGAGUGUACUGCCUGCUGAAGGCGAACGUGCGCCAGUUGGCAGAUUUGCUCCAACAGUUGGACAGUGAAUAUAGUGUGCUGGAAGUGGAAACGAUGUCAUUCAAUACCUUCUACACCAAGGAUGAGGUGUACCGGAACGCUGUUGCACUGGAUUUGUUCUUCAAGAAUCAAGAAACGGAAAUCUCUCCGCUGCUCGACAAGUACGCCGUGUGGAACUACCUGCUGCGGAAUAACAUAGACAACCUAGUGAAAAUAUGGAUCCAGAUAAAUGCAUGCAUUCGCUGGUCACCGGAAUUGAUCAAGGACCCAACGUUAAGCUCGAAGGAAUUGUCUCAAAUCAAGAUCGACAUCUACGACGAUCCUAGAUUCAACGAACGCCUAAGGCAACUGUUUCAACGGUGGGAAAUCAACGACUUCAUGGUUUCCCAGCUCUCCAGCCAAAGGAGUAUGUGCCGAAAUGAUGUGCUGUUGAAUGCACUGGCGACUUGCGGCAAGUUUGUAGAUCACGAACGAACAGAUUCCCAAUUGAUACUGCGAAGGUUGUUCACUACGCAAACGUUGACAAUGAAUAAAGAGUUGUUGCAAGGGAAGCAGUUCCAGGAGGGAUUGACCAAGCACCUGGUAGAUAACCGUUUGUUUCAGCUGUUGGAUUUGAGCGUGAUCAGUGAGGAAGGUCUCAGAAAGUUAGCUACGGAUGAAAGCUGUGAUAGUAGAAGAGAGGUGGAGCUGUUUUUGGAAUUGAACGAGCUUAAAAAUAACGGUAUUAGUAAGGAUAGUCUACUAAGGAUUUCUAGUAAGGUUUCAGAGUAUUUAUGUAACUACGAGCAAAGUUUUUACGAUGAGAACCCAAUUGUAUUUCUGUUUGAAUACUUUUUGGAUCCACGCAACGUAACAUUCCCCGACGAUGAUGAACGCCUGUGGAAACUGUCCCACCUGCGUAGCUUUAUGAACAGAUUAAAGCUCAACCCAGUAUCGUCGAUUUCAGCCAAAGAUUUACUAGCUUUACACGAUCUCCCUUGCCUGGAGACGAUACGGAGCAAUUUAUUCAAAAAUCGAAACGACGAUGAAGAAGACGAGGACGAACAGAUUACCAAACUAGCAAUCAUCAAAGAACAUGGCUACGUUCCUCACUUCAAUCAUCCUGUACUUUGCGAAAAGUAUUCUACACCCGUGCAUCUCAACUAUCUGCAUUACAUCCAACAGUAUCGCUCGUGCUACGCCCUCUACCUGUUCUACCUAGAUCAACUGAAAUGCUAUUCUCGAAUAACACCUCCUCAAAUCAACCUGGCAGCGCGAUCGGUUGCCGAAGUCGCCGUUGCACACUACCAUGAUACCAAUUUAGUUGCUCAUUGUAUCGCAUUCAUUGAGAUGCUUGGCAUGGACAGUUCCAAAACACGUGCCUAUGUACGUUGUCUCAGUAUGAUUCCCCGUACGGGUGAUGCGUUGAAGAUUUCAACUAAAGAACUGUUGGAUAGAUGUGAGACUGUAGUUGCUGCCAAGAACUGGGAAGAUCCGGAGCUGCUACUCGAUUUGGAAGCUAUGACCACCCUGUGCCGGUGCAGUUUGCUAAAAUUUCCCGAACAGUUUCUCCGGCAACUACUCGGGGACAACAAUUGGUUCCGGUUUUUGCUGCUCGUUGAAUACCUGGACUAUCCACAAGAACAAGUGCUGGAACUUUGCCGCAGCGGUUUCCGGGAUGGUAAUAUCGGGAUGAAUGUUAUGCGAGCUAUCAAGUACUACGUGGAAACCGUGCAGCAUCGUCGAAGCUCAUCGCCGACGUCGCUCCGGAGAAAGACGUCCCGGAGGAGAAGGAAGGGUAGCAGCAGCACAGCUCCACUGGACAGCUACUCGAGCAUAUCGAGCGAAAGUGACAUCCAGUCCGGUCGACAAACGCGUCCCAUCAUCAGCGAGACGUCGUCACUCGAUGCGGAUCAGCAGCAACCAGCGCACUACGAUGGUGCACGGUUCCUGUGCGGCCAGUACAAUCGUGACCUAUUUGCUACGGUUCUGUUGUGCUCAAAUGAGGCCAGCAAUUGUCGCAGUGGAAAAUCGGAAGCACUGUCCAGCGAUAUGCUGGAUUACGAUGGCUUCAAACGAUUAGUUCUGGGACUGGGUGGUGCAAAAUCAUCCAACACUUUUAUGAACCUAUUAGAACAAGCGGUACUUAGGAAAUGGCCACUACUAGCCGUGUUGGCCGGGAUGACAGCCUAUGCGAAGCGGAAGUACUGCUGGAUCACCUGGCUGAUGGUUUCGACUGAGUAUCCCUAUCAGGAUAAGAUGGAGAGCCUCUCGGAGGAUAGACUUCUACAUGAUCUUGUGGGAUAUUGCGUUGAAACUGGAUCCGUCCAGACCCUGCAAAAUAGCGUCGGCAUAUUCUAUCCGGAAUCGAACUUUAGUCUUCUAGUCAAAUAUUUAACUGAAACGAGUGCGACCAACUUCUCAGAAGAUACCACCGAUCUUCUCAAGCAGUUUUUGCACAACGCUUCAUACUGCCCACUAUUGAAGCUGGAUAAACUCGAUCUGGUCAACUUCAGCGCCAAACUGCUAACACUGCAUCUCGAUAGCAACUUUGAAUCGUUCCAUCAUCAGAUACAGCUGCUGGAGUCUUUGGUCGCCUCGGAUAUCAACUACUUCACCCAUAAGGUCGACUUUACGACACUGCUGAAGAUCAGUGAAAUCAUGCACAACUCAAAGGUACGGGUUGAGUUCAUCAAGUUCUACGACCAACCUGAUGACCUUCACAAAGAAUUCGAAAACCUCUGCGGGCACUUGGUUGCUGGAAAGUUCUACAAGGCAGCUGUUGAGAUAGCGGACUUAUCGGAACUGCCGAAGGAGACGAUCAUUUUCGAACAUUGGGUCAAUGAGUUCGACGUCAAGGAAAUCUGCGAUUUUGAACAGUAUCAACGCGAUAUGGAGCGGUACGCCUUUGGUCCGGAAGUUCUUCUCAACUUUUACAUCCACAUUGCCAACCGGUUGGAGCAGAGUGAUCCGAAGAGAUAUAUCCUUUUGAAGAAAACGUUGGACUUGAUCAACGAAAGGGGUUUGUAUCCGAGCGAGGUAUUCGAUCGCGAUCGUUUGGAGUACGAGUUGGUGUUAUCCUACGUAAGGUGCUCGCAGGAUCCGUCCACGUUGGAGUUGUAUCACUCGCAUUUCUACAACACCGCUUUCACUCGCGAUCGUGGAAUUCUCUAUCAUACAUUCCUAGAGCUGAAAGAAGUUGCCGGGAUCAAUGAUCUUACCAUUUCGAAUCUUAAGAUAGCGGACCAGGACGAGGUUGCUCAGCUGGACAACCUUAUCAACCGUCUGCUGGAGAAAGGGGAUAUCGUUCAGGCGCUCCGUUACCAAGCUAUCUUCGACCAACGACCAAUCGAUCUUCACUUCAUCGUAUUCUGCAUGGCGCUGGCCGAGUCCUUGGUUAGUUUGUAUAAUCUAAGCAAAGAGGAACGUCUCAUGCUCAACGAGGAUUACAAACGGGCCUCGAAUCGGUUCCAACGGAGAACGCUACGCUCCAGCCGGGUCAGUCAAAGCUCGACCAACAACUCGUGGAUCAGUUCUCCGAUGAGGGGUAACGCGAACGAUUCAUCCGAUACGAGCGCGGGAGCUUCAGAGUUCGAGGAGCUGCCGUCCCGAGAAAAACAAGACAUCUAUGAAGCAAUCAAUGGUCUCGGCGUUCAGAUCAAGUACGGUCAGGAACUCGCCAAACGAAUCGUUCUAACCUACCGUAUAGCGAUGUACCUGGACAAAGAAUACAACGAGAUCCUCAAGAUUCGUGAUCCGGUUGGUUUUCUUGCUGAGGUCAUCCAAGAGGACUGCAUCCAUAAACUGGAGGUCGUUAGUGAUAUCAUGACAUCCCACCAGCUGGUGGACGAAGUUGUGUCGGACUUCCUGUCCAGAGAAAUCGCCACGGCUGUGGUUAGUUCUAAAUUCUACCUACUGCAACAGGGAUCACCGGGCGUUAGUACGAAACCCAUUGAAGAACUCCUGUGGGAUUACAACAUCGAUCAAGAUUUCCAUUUGUUCUUGGAACUGGCCCCCAACACGACCAUGCUUGGAAAUUACCUACUAAAAUAUUGCGAUGCCAUCAAGCAGUAUAAACGGUUGGAGAAAUCCCCAGAACGAAAAUCAGCUUUGGAGGAUUCAACUGCUGGGCAGGACGAUCGGGAAAUGUUGGAAAAUCUAAAAACGAUCUUCAAGGGUCAGGUCCUGUCGCUUAAAAAACAAAACACCAUCAUCGUGGCGCUGUUAGUCAAGGCUCACGAUUGCUUCGUGCACGAAUGCUCCGUCGAGGGGAUUGUCGAAGUUCUACAACACUGCAAAGCGCUGAACUCGAUUCUCACUGCUGCCAAAUCGUGGAAUCUGAUCGUCAAACUUCUCGUAGGCAUCGGACGAUAUCGUGAAAUGUACUAUUGCUUCGAAACCUUGAUCAAGAACGAUCAAUUCGAGUCGCUGCUGGGACAGUUUGACGAGAAGCACACCAACGGUCUGAAGACUGCCAUCAUAUCCUACCUUAAUGAACACUGCCCGGAACAGAAGGAGUUCUUCCGACUGGCCGCUCUUCAUUUCUUAAUGUACAAAGAGAUUGCUGAAAUGUGGGAAACAGAAGCAAAGUCCACCAUCGCUAAGGUUCUGUCCACGCAUGAGAAAGCUGCCGCAUCGACAAGUGGAAGUCCUAAGGUAGCCGUUCCUCGCUUGGAAUGCACUCCAUUGGUCGUUUCGGAACUGAAUGGGGCAAUGGAAUCGUACAUGCAUGCUGCGGAAAAUUAUCUGCUGGACAACAAAAUGAGUCUGGCCCAGAAAACUGCUUGCAAUGCCGAGCUUAUUGCAUUGCAAAUCUGUUUGAUCAAUCAAGCUCUGGUCGAGAAGAGCGGACCUCAUGAUGAUAAACGGUCGUGCUAUUCAGUGCUAAACAUCAAAGACGAAAAAGGAAGCAACCUUGCGUUCUUUGUGAAUAGUGCUCUAAGCGUCCCCCAAGCGCUCAUCGUUGCCCGGACGUACGAUUACGAAAUCAACUGGGCCACCGCUCUCUAUCAGCACUAUAUUGUCAACGGGGAGACUGCGUAUCUCGAGGACUACCUGGACCGAAUGCCGCUGACGGAUGAAAUGAUUGAGAACCUAGUUAAAACAUUCCAAUUGGAACCAUGCGUUACUCCGGAAAUGGAACGCGCUGUUGCCGAGCUGGUGGAGUUGGUCGAAUCGGUGACGCUCAAGUACCGCCUGGCUUCGCUGCUGGGGCUGAAACGAACGAUACACGAACUGAUCAACGAGAACAGUUUCUACUAUCUGAAGGAUUGUGAUUAUGGGCGUAGCGAGCACGCCGUCGGUGGAAGUUGAGCGGAGUUUUGCUGUAAGGUUUACUGUGUUUUUCUUUUACGAGUAUUGCGAUUAUGUUUUAGAAACUGGUGUUGUAUGUUCGGUAACGACGCGUAUUUAUUUUA